AUUCGGACGACCACGUGUGUCCUAUUUCUAUUCACAAGUCUUGGCGUAUGCUCAGGAGGAUUUGGGAAUCCUGUAACAGAUGACGUGAGCAGGCUGAUGUUAUUGGUAAGAGCUUCUACAUACUCUAACCUGAACUGUAUUAUGCUAAACUAGUCUGGUGAUUUAUUUAGAGUUUAUUCCAUCAUAAAAAAAUACUUUAAAUGUCUUCUUUUGAUAAAGAAAAUGGGCUAAACUGGGCAAAAAUAAAUGACCAAAUAAUCCUAAUUUAUUUUUACAGAAACACAAUAUUCCAAAGGAUUAUAACAUUUCUAUGCAUUAUAUUCCCAAAGAGAUGGUGAGUAGAAUUUCUCAAAAACAAAACAUCAUGCAGAAACUUUAAGAGGGUGGGAAGUUGUGGUGGGUGGUCUUAAACUUUGGCAGCAUUUUUGUUGAUGAACAUUUUUGUUUUAUUUGGAAUCUGUAGAAUGGAAUCCUAUGUAACCUAGUCGGUUUUCUCCCUUUUCUUACUCCAGAGUGGUGUGUGCUGGGUUCUACUGAAUAUCUAUCCACUGGAACAAAGCCUUAGGGAACUGGCCAGGGUGUUUGGUGCCAUUUCUUCCAACAAAGAUAAUAUUAUGAUCUUCAUCACCAUGCUGCAAAAUCUACGCUUCAAAUUAGAUCAUGAGGAGCUGGUAAUGCCUGUCAGUUCUGCCAAAUGUAGACCCAGUUACUGUAGAUCCAGUUUAUUGACUGUAUUAAGUGAUGCAACCAUCCUGAUGUUUACUUUGUUUCUCUGUACUUCCAGGAGGCAACAAUGCAAGUCUUUAAAUGCCACUAUAGGGCGGUCAAAUGGCCGUCUGGGCAGUAUUUUGACUAUAUCAGAGACAUUUUGAAUUCUGCAGCUCAGGGAGAAGGAGGAUUCCGCUGUGUGCCUCCACCCUGCCAUGCCCCUACUACACCAGGUAAGAAACAAUCCCCAACACACAGUAUCCAUUCAGCCCCCACAUACAGAAUUCACAAGUCUCUUCCUCACAGAGCGUGUUGUUGUCUCUCUCAGGAAGUGAACCACAGGACCAUGAACAGACUCGGUCAAGGGGGAGUCUGCUGUCCCUGCUUCUGAUCCCAGUCACAGCCUGUGUGCUCCUCAUA